AUGGAUGAUGAAUUACCAUCUGAAUCAACACGACGUUCAUCUUCUCAUUCUACUGUUCGAUCAAGUGGCAAAACAUAUAAUUCGAAUUCAUCAAUUACUCCAUCAUCAAUUAAAACAAAGAAUAAGUCUAAAUUAGCAACCUUGAAAAAUACUACAAUUAAAGUAAAAUCUCCAAUUGUUCGUCAAAAAAGUGGUUUAAAGAAGAAACGUCAUUCAUUGACAACAGGAAAAAAAAGAACUGCUUUACAUUCAACACCAAAGAAAAAGCUAUCUGAAACAAUUUUACAGAAUUUGAUCAGUUCAGAUGAUGAAAUUCAAAUGGAUUAUGGUAAACAAUUAACAACUUGGCCUGAUUCAAACUUACCAGUAACAACUCCAAUCAAUGUUAAGACUGAAGAAAAUACAAAUAAUCAUGAUGAUUCAUUUGAUAGUAGUCAAAGAAUUGACAUUGAACCAGAUCAAACAAAGAAGAAACAAAGAAGAAACAAAGAAAAAUCAACCAUCAAAUCAAAACAAGAUGUCUUGAAAUAUUUCAUCAUUUUAUCUACCGGUGAACUUAAAUGUAAACUGUGUAAAGAUUCCUCGAAAAAUCGCACCGUCUUGUCAACACAUUCAUCAUGGUAUUGA